AUGAGCCAGACACCAACCACAAAUCUUGACGUGGAUCCGCCGUCGUCUCCACCCCAUACCGGGAUUCGCGCCUCUGCGGGAGACCUUCAAAAGGAGAUCACUGAGCCGGAAGGAUACAGCGCGACCGGUAGCUUCGUUGACGCUUUUAGCCACACCGAUAAUACCACUAGGAGUCCUACACGCUCAUCGCAUACGGCUAACAUCGGCCGCAAUCGUCCACUCCCGCGCUCUACACGCCGCCUCUCCGAUAUCCAAGACCUCGACGCCACAGAAACCGCUGGGCAAGAGAAGAUGGGGCCGAUUCAGAUGGACGACCACCAUGAUACAGUGGACGAAGAGGAAGACCUGGCGGAAUUGGAGACACUGAUAUUACCGCAGGAGAUGCAGUCGUCCCCUGGGCAGCUCAAGGCGUCUCCCACUUCAGAAUGGCAACCCAUCGACAAGUCUUCGUGGGACCCUGCCGGGUUUCCGACCAAGUCUGGAUGGCGGUCUAUCAACGACCCAGCGUUCGGCGAGAACCUCAGCCAGGAGAUACCCAUAGAUAAGCCCUCGUGGGAUACCACCGGUUUCCAGACAGACUCGGGAUGGCGGCCCAUCAACGAUCCAGACUUCGACGAAGACUUUCUCGAAGAGACGCCCACAGACGAGCCAUCAACGGCGCACGCAGGCGACAUACCCGACGAAGGCGAUGAAGACUCGGUGGCUGAUUUCCCAUCUGAUCCUGCUGACGAUGCGAAACCUUUGAGAGAGCCGGAGGAUACUGAUGAUGUACUGGACGAGAAGUACUUCAGGCACAACGGCUACCUGAACUACAUCAACAACGUCGAAGACGGGGAUGAAUCUGACUCUGCGACGGAGAACAAGAAGACAGGUGUUCAAACCAAACUCAAGACAACGAAGAAGAAGGAACUCAAAGUUGUCUUCGGCUCCUCGCCUGACAAGCCCGCGGGACCUGGAAAGUCUUUGCCAUCGCCAAAGAAGUCUACCAAGACAUCCGCCCAACCGCCGGCCACGGGAGACAAGUUGACGAAAGACACCGGUCGCGAUAACCUCAAGGUCGACGCUAAAGCUGAGCGAAGCUCCAGCCCUGCUUCCUCUUCAGAUGAAGCUAGCGGAUGGGAGGUGGUAGACGGCAACAUCGACGCCCCGCGGACGGGCAACAAGUCGGUCCACAAGCUCACGAUCAAGCUCCAUAACAACGUGACCGGUCCCGUCUCCGUGAUGGAGGCGUUCAACGCCUUUUUCGAGGGCAAGGUACUCAAAGACGCGAACGGUGCUGAUGCACCUUCCAGACCACAGCGCGACGUGUCAUCCAUCCGGGGAAAGCUCGAUGGCAGGGUUAGCAAGGUUGCCACAGAGAGGAAGAACAUGAGAGGACUUCUAGAAGGGAAGACAGGCGGUGUUUUGUUUGUUCCGAACGUGACAGAGGACGAGCUGAGGCAGUUUCAGGUGGAUGAGUCGGUUGCGGUUGACGACCCGACUGAGGUUGGUAAGAAUGCGGCUUUGGAUGCUGAGGGGAAGAAGAGCAGGCGACCGUCACCGAAGAGGAAGCGGGAUGAGAACGACGCGGGGGAUACGAUGGCGAAGAAGACGAAGCGAAUAAGUUGA